UUAUUUUUAUAAGAUCUUAAGACUACAUUCACUUCACCAUGCUUACUAUAUAAAUUCAUCGAACAGUCCUCAAAAGAUCAAUUGUUCGGAAAAAUGUCAGGAUCAAUUUGUCUGCGUUGUCGCGCAACAAUCAGACAUUCCCUCUGCACCAGAAAAUCCACGCGUACCCCAAUUUCUCUUUCUCGAACAUACAGUACUUCAGAAGUCUCUCAAGAAACGCCCGCGGAAGCUUUUGCGGUAGGUGGGAGGUCAAUACCACCAACAGAAGGUAGUUCAGACCGUUUUAUACCGCGAAGUGUAAAGCUUCAUGGAACUAGAAUAACAACUCCUCUCAGCCCCAAGCCGGAAGAUCAAGAAAUCCCAGUCCGCCGAGUAUUCGCUCGAAUAAAUGUGAACUAUUCUCACCAGAAAACGGACAUCGAUGAGCUUCUUGCAAAGCCCACUUGGUCCGUUCGGUCCCUCCUACCUUCUCCUCAUGAGAAACCCGCCGAAGAAAUUACUGUCAAACAGCUCCAUCAUUUAUGUCGACUUUCCGCACUUCCUCUCCCCAAAACACCGAAAGAAGAGAAGAAAUUACUAGAUACACUGCAUUUACAAUUACAUUUCCUGAGGGAUAUUCAGAAGGUUGACACAGAUGGUAUAGAACCACUAAGGAGUAUUAGGGAUGAGACGAUAGAGGCAGAGGCGCUUGAGACAAUCGGUUUAGAGACUGAAGAAAUUAAGGCCGCGUUGGAAAAAGAGGAAUAUGAAGGCAGGAACAAGAGACCUAGGAGGCGGACAGAUGGUGGCAUUGACACAAAAGGUGUAGAGGAUUGGAGUGUGACAGAGACUGCCACCGAGACUGUCGAGUUUGGAGGUGGGAAGUACUUUAUCGUGAGGAGUGGGAAAGCGACAGCGGAGAAAGUGAAAGGUGAUCAAACUAGUUUGGAAAGGAUGAUCUCCCACAUACAGAAACAGAGAUUUGGGACACCGGGUAUGAACUGAUGGAGAUAUGUUGAUGAGAAAUUUAGAAUUGAUACCCCAUUUGCAGCUUGACGCCGUUCAGGAAGAUAUGCUCUGGCCCUUUGGCACAUGUGAAUAUAUCCUUCGCCAUAAUGAUGGGCUCCUCCUGCAUCAUCGGUAGCAUGCUCCGCGAAUAAUCAGCUCUUAGCGACGUUUCAAGACCUUCCCCCCUAAAUAUCAAUUCCUCUGCCACCCCUUUCCGUUCCUCGCUCUACUUCAAUCAUAUCAUCAGACCCAAUCAAAUGAUUCUA